AUGUCGGUCUUUUUCUUCGGCGACCACACGACGUCGUCGUUGAUUCACAGCGCAUCGACCCCCUCUGGCUGCCCCGAGCCACUCCUCUGCAUCCACAGUGAGCUGCCUCCCGAUCUUCCCUUUCCUUUCCUGCUCCUGCGCCCCUGCUCACCCACGCCACCGCCCGCACUAGCGCUCGCCUUGCCUUCCCUGUGUGCACUGCUGCCUACUGACCCUGCGAACACCCCGGCUCCAGAUGCACCGCCCUCCCUCUGCUCCCCGCCCGCGCGCACAUACCCCUCGCUGCUGCUAGCCGCGCACGCCCGCGGUCGCCGUUCCCCGCGCCCGCCUCCGGCUGCAGCUUCCCCUGCUGCUGCUAGCUGCCGUCGUCGCCUGCUGCUCGCGGCCCCGCCACGCUCACCUGUCGCCCCCGCCCGCUACUCCCGGACGCACCUGUCGCGCCGCUACCCUGUCCGCCACGCUCGCCUCUGCUCGCCCGCGCCCUCCCUUGCCUCCUCGCACGCAUCCGCCGCGCCGGCGCCGCCCGGCUCCGGCAUGGCCCUCCUCCCUUCACCCCGCGGCCUCCCUCUACUUCCUCUGGAAGCGCGCGAGCGCGAGCUCGCCCCCGGUAGCCUUUGCGGCUUGAGUCACCGCCCAUAG